AUGUACCUUUCAGCAAGAACACAAGGAAGAUUAGCAAACUUAAUCAUCACAAUCGCAGAAGGUGAAAAGAAAACAGAGAUGGUCCGUUAAGUGUUAGCAGAACAAAAGAUGUUUGAGCCAUAUACUGCCUUCAGGAGAUUAGAUCAAUUGAGAACAGGAGAAUUAACUGUUUCUGACAUAGUUGAGUUCUUGUCGGAUAAUAAAAUAUAUCCUACUAAGGCUCAAUCCGAUUAUCUAUUCAGAAGACUCGAUCUCAACAGAGAUGGGAGAAUCACUUAUCCUGACUUCGUCAAAGCAGUUUUGCCAAAGGAGGACUCUAGAUUAAGACAAAUUGCGACACUUAGGGAUAGUUAUUACAUUGAAGUUAAUAUGUUAUUACCAACAGAAAUAGAGUGGGGACUUUCUAGAGUAUUCUAAUAAGAAAUUUAAAACUUUAAUUCGAUAACUGCUUCCUAAGAAAUAUUAACAGCAAGUGCUGAUUUCACAUCCUUGGAUGCUUUUAGAUGUAUCGAUUAAGUAUUUUUGGGAUACAUCACCAUUGAUACUUUAUAAGAUUUUUUAAGAUAAAAUGGUGCCAAAUUAUCAUUUGAUGAACUGACAGCCUUCUUCAGAGUAGUAGAUUCAGACGAAGAUGGAAGAAUAACUUAUUCUGAAUUAUUGGAAGCUUUAACUUUUGUUCCAGAUUUCUUCCAACAAGAGAGACAAAUAGCUAAUGAAUUAAGAAGAAGUAGAGAGAGAAUCAUUCAAAUUGAAAGAGAAAGAGAAGUCUUAGAGGAUUUAAAGAAGAGUAGAGAAAGAGUAGAAGAUCUCAGAAGAAGCAGAGAAAGAUUGGAAUAAAUGUAGGAUUUGAAAAGAAGUAGAGAAAGAAUUGAGUAACUUGAUGAAUUAAGAAGAAGUAGAGAAAGAUUGGAAGAUCUUAGAAAAAGCAGGGAAAGAUUAGAGGACUUAAAGAAGAGUAGGGAAAGAUUAAACUAAUUAGAGGAACUAAAAAGAAGUAGAUAGAGAAUGGAAGAACUAGAAGAAUUAAAGAAAAGUAGAGAAAGAUAAGCUUAAAUUGAUGAAUUAAGGAAAAGCAGAGAAAGACUUGAGGAUUUAAGAAAGAGCAGAGAAAGAUUGGAACAAUUAGAAUAGGAGAGAAAGAAUUAAGAGAAGAUUGAAGAACUCAGAAAAUCAAGAAGUAGGAUUGAAGAAUUGCAAAACUAGAGAAAGAAAAUUGAAGAAUUAAGAACAAGUUAAGAGAGAUUAGAAUAACUAAAGAGAUAAAAGGAAGAAAUUGAACUAAAAAAGAGCCAAGAGAGAUUAGAAGAUUUAAGAAAGAGUAGAGAAAGAUUAGAAUAAAUUGAGGCUUUGAGAUAAAGUAGGGAACAGCAAAGAGCUUUGGAAGAAUUGAGAUAAAGCAGGGAGAGAGUUGAACAGUUAAGAAAAUCUUAAUUGAGAAUUGAAUAAUUAGAAAAUGAGAGAUAGGUUCUUGAAAGAAGUAGAUAAUUAGAGAGAGUAGAAAGAGAAUUAGAAUAUGAACGACAAAGAAGCAAGGAGAGAUUAGAGAGAUUAGAGUUGGAAGCUGAGUUGGAAAGAAGAGCUAGAGAUAGAGCACUUGAGUAUGAUUUAGCUACAUAAAGUAACUUUGUUCAAAGCAGAAUAUAUGAUACUCCUAAAAGAUACAAAUGA